CAUUCUUAGACAUGGCGCCGAUGGAGUCGUUCCAGAUUUUUUUUCACUUAUAAAUAAACUUCGAUGUUACAGCAAACUGCAGUCGCCUAAAGAUACGAUGAGUGAAGCAAGCAGCAUGACCACUGUGGACAUAAUUCGUCGGAGGAGCAGGGGAGACGGAGACACCAAGAAGAGGAGACUUAGCGAAGAGCAGGUGGAGCUGUUAGAGAGGAGCUUCAACGAUGAGAGUAAGCUGGAGACGGGAAGGAAGGACCUUCUGGCCGCCGAGCUCGGGCUCGACGGCAAGCAAGUGGCGGUGUGGUUCCAGAACCGGCGAGCGCGGCAGAAGAACAAGAAGGUGGAAGAGGCCUACGACCAGCUCAAGUCCGCGCAUGACGCCGCCGUCGCUGAGAAAUGGCACCUCGAGAACGAGGUGCUGAACUUGAAACUGAGGCUUUGGGAAGCAGAGGACGAGAUAAGGAAGCUCUCGUUGGGAAUGGCUGCGACUGCCGGAGACGGCAGCCGUGUGAGCUUGCCGUCGUCAGCUGGGGAUUUCAGGGUACUGAACGGAGAAGCUGGGCUUAUGUUCAUGCAUGAGUAUGAAUUUAACGACGGCACGCCGAUUUUGUAGUGGAGUGAUAUGCUUGAU